AUGUCCUCCUUUAACCAAUCCGGGACGCCCGAGUUCCCCGGGGCGCAGGAAUUCCGCGCGACGGUGGAAGAUGACGGACUCGACGGCGACUAUAGUAUGGUCGGCGACUACCCAGAGGAACCCGACUAUUACGUCCUGCUUGGCCUUGCGCGCAAUUCACCCCCAACAGACGCCGAGAUCCGUUCCGCUUACCGCAACUUGACCCUCAGCUUCCAUCCCGACAAACAGCCGCCGCAUCUCCGCCAUGCGGCAGAGAGUCAGUUUAGACAUAUCCAGGAGGCGUAUGAGACACUUAUUGAUCCAAACAAGCGCAUUGUAUAUGAUAUAUCGGGUGCUGCGGGUGUGCGGCAGGAAUGGGGCCAGCUUGGGGCCAUGGGGACUGGUGGGGAGGCACAACGGCAGGAUGUUGGCGUUAAGGCGAUGUCGCCAGAUCAGUUCCGGCGAUGGUUUUUGAAUACGAUGAAGAAACGGGAGCGGAAAGCGAUCGAGAGCUUGGUUUCCAGCAAGGGCGGUAUUACCCUUGGAAUCAACGCGGCGUCUAUGAUCUCAGUCGACGAGGAUGAAGAUGUGCAGUUUCAUAUACCUUCGCCGCAAGUGUCCUCAUACGGUGUCACGUAUAGUUUCAAGACGCCGGUGUCAUUACCGCAGCUUUGGGGCACGACAGAGAAAGAAUCGGAAAAUUCGGGCGUGGAAACAGAUGCAGGAGAAGAUGCGCAAGAGGGGGAAUCAGAGGACAUGCAGGUGACUUGGAAUGCAGGUAUAACUGGAGGUUUGGCUCGCCCGGUCAAGAAAGUCAUAGUUGAGUACGAGGAUGGAACAGAAGGAGAGGAAAAGUUCCAAAUGCCACCGAUCCUGGCAGCUCAGAACUUCCAAUUUGGGGCCACUGUCACUCCUAAUUUCAAAAACCUGGUGGGUACCAAGGGAAUCUGGGCCAAACACCCUUUCUCCCUCCUCAGGGACUCCCAAGUCAGCUUCGAUGCUCUUCUUCUCCCAGCUCCAACCCUGAAAGCGAACAUUGCUCGAGCCUUUCAACCAAUCCCUGGCACCAAGCCGUUCCAGGUCAGCGUGACCAGUAUACACAAGCGCUCCUUGGACGAAACAGCGCCUUCUUUUGAGAUGCAAAUUUCAAGAGAAAUCGCCAAGAGGAAGAUCGGCGUCAUUACGUGGUCGAGUGGCGUUGUUAGCUGGCCCGAGUUUCUACUCAACCGGUUCCCAUCCCUUGGAAUGGGAGCGCAGAGUGCUAUUGCAUCUGCCAACGAGGUUAGUAACCUGCAAAUUGGUCUCAUUUCGCUUCCCAAACAGGGCCAAGCCGCGCCCGAUUUCGACGGUGAUGACGAGGAGGAGAGUGGAGAUAUGGACGAAGACGUCCGUCAUCUUCUCAAGAAAAAACGCCAAAUCGACCAAUCUGCUGAGUCUUGGCAGACCUAUCUCCAGGCUACUCCCGCUGGAGGCGCUUUUGUCUUGAAUUAUUCUCGGAAUCUCUUCUCCGGAAAACCGACUGACGAUCCGGUUAAGACUGAAUGGAGCUCUGAAGGGUACUUCCCGAUGCCGAGCAUGGACCAGGCGCGUGCUGUGCGGCUCGAGAUCUCAAGUGUUGUUGGAUUAGACAUGUCUCUCAACUGGACCAUUAGAGGCGUUCGCCGGGUUGGUGAAUACACACGUGUUGGUCUCGGCAUUGGUAUCGCGGACAAGGGCAUCAUGAUGACAGUCUCAUGGAGCCGACUUGGCCAAAGCAUUAAUCUUCCGAUCAACGUUUGCCCGGCCAAUGAAGCAACCAGCGGAGCAGCAGCGCUGACAGCUAUAUUUCCUUGGUUGGCCUACUGCGCGAUUGAGUUUGGCUAUAUUCGCCCGCGCGACAGAAAAUUGCGUCGGCAGGCAGCUGCUCAACGCCACCGUGAGCUGAAGAAGUUGAUCCCUAAGAAUCGCGAAGACAGUCUCCAGGCCAUCGAGCUCAUGACGGAUCAAGUGCAAAGGCGGCAAGCGCGAGAGGAAGCACAAGAUGGCCUGGUCAUUCUGAAGGCCGAGUAUGGUUAUAUACCGCCAGUAAAUAAGAAGCCCAAACAUGGGUUCGCGGAGCCUCGGGUGAUUGAUGUCACUGUCCCGGUGGCUGCGCUAGUCAAUCGGGGCCAAUUGGUGAUUCCCGGGAAAUCCAUCAAGUCCCUCCCCAAACCAAAAUACACUGGUGAGGAGGAGGAGUUGCCAAAGCAUGCGCAACCCCGUGGUCCGCGCGUGGUGGGCGCCGACCAGAUUGAUGAAACACAGGUCGUCCUACGGAGGACCGGGCCUCCGCCCUAUGGAAACCGUGGAGGAUGGCGACCUCGCGCCCCCGAAGACUUCGGGGAUGGCGGCGCGUUCCCCGAGAUUCUAGUUGCACAGUAUCCCCUCGACAUGGGCCGAAAGGGAAAGUCGUCCAAGUCAAAUGCGCUUGCUCUUCAGGUCGAUGCCGAAGGCAAGGUCAAGUACGACGCGAUCGCCCGCCGCGGACACGCCGACAACCGCACCGUCCAUGCCUCGUUCAAGGAUUUGAUCCCGCUCCGUCAGCGGGUGGAUAUGGGAGAAAUUUCUCUGGAUAAGCCGUCCGAGGAGGAGAUUCAGGCUCAAAUGGAGAAAACAAAGGCCGCACUUGCAACCUUGGUUGAAGGAGCUGCAUCAGCGCAGAAGCCGAAGAACGUCAAGGGUGGACAAAGAGCAGAGCCGACUUUUGUUCGAUACACCCCGGCCAAUCAGAUGGGCAACAACGGCCGCCAGAACGACCGCAUCAUGAAGAUUGUCGAGAGGCAACUGGAUCCUAUGGAGCCGCCCAAGUUUAAGCACAAGAAGAUUCCCCGUGGCCCGCCUUCUCCGCCGCCUCCCGUUAUGCACUCGCCGCCUAGGAAGCUUACUGCCGAGGACCAAGAGGCUUGGAAGAUUCCCCCACCUGUGUCGAACUGGAAGAACCCCAAGGGUUAUACCGUGCCUUUGGACAAGCGUUUGGCUGCAGAUGGUCGCGGGUUGCAAGAUGUCUCCAUCAAUGACAAAUUCGCACAGUUCGCAGAGGCUUUGUUCACGGCGGAUCGACAUGCGCGUGAAGAGGUGCAGCUCCGAGCUCAGAUGCAGCAGAAGCUGGCAGAAAAGGAGAAAGCACAGAAGGAGGAGCAUCUUCGGAUGUUGGCACAAAAGGCUCGCGAGGACCGCGCAGGCCCCAGCGCUCGCGUUUCACGGGCUCGCUCCCGUUCCCGAAGUGUUAGCCGCAGUGUAUCUGUGUACUCCUCCAGGUCUGCUACCCCCAGCGAAGAUGACGAAGCUGCCCGAGACCGUGCGGAGCAGCGCCGCGAGCGACGGCGUGAAGAUGAACGACAGCUGCGCCAGUCUCGCAUGGGGACAGAGCGCCGCAUUCAGGCCAUGGCCCGAGAACAGAACCGUGAUAUCUCCGAGAAGGUCGCGCUUGGUCUGGCCAAGCCCACACAGAGCUCUGAAUCUAUGUGGGAUUCUCGUUUGUUCAACCAGACCAGCGGUAUGCAAUCUGGUUUCAAUGAAGAUAACCCCUACGACAAGCCGCUGUUCGCCGCGCAGGACGCCAUCAACAGCAUUUAUCGCCCACGUGCCCAGGCUGAUGCGGAUGACGAAGAUGCAGGCGAAGGUGAGAUGAGCAAGCUUGAAAAAACGAAGCGGUUCGAGGUCCUGGGUCGCGCCAAGGAGGGAUUCCGUGGCGCUGCUGAAGCCGAGGAGCGUCAAGGUCCUGUUCAAUUUGAGAAGGACACUGCUGAUCCAUUUGGCAUUGAUAACAUGAUUGCCGAUGUAACCUCUGGGCAGAAGCGUUAUGGAAUCCAGGAAGCUGAAGGCAACGAUGACCGCAAGUCGAAACGCCCGAGGGUCGACGAUGAAUGA